AUGGGCAUUCCCGAUGAUGAGAUUCUGGAUGUUGUUUCUCUCUCUGUUAUUCCCUGCGAGGCCAUUGAUUUUAACCAACCCAUUGAUGCCUCAACUUCUGCAUGCUCCAAUCAAGCUAACUCCUCUAGUAUUCCCUUUGGUUCAACUCCUGCCACUAAUUCUAAGGAAGAUAUAUACCACACUGAUCGUGUUAUAAGAAACCUACUCACUAGAAUCCUUAAUGAAGGAUACUUUGUGAAGGGAGUUUCUACUCCCCUGUCUCAAAUGUACCCCUCUCCUGAAGUUGAACAACAUAGUGUGAAGGAUGACGAAUCCUCCAGUUCUGAAAAGGACAUGGCUGCUGAAGGGUUGUGCUCUCUAGGGCAAACUGUGUCUAAUAAAGGAAAAUCUGUGACAUCUAAAAUUGCCAAUGCUUCCCACUCUAAGAAGCAUGAUGAUGCAAAUGUGGUGAUUGAUCUAGAGGAUGGUAGCUCUGAUGAUCAAGAGGAAAGCUUACUUCAUCACCUAAAGCCAAGUGUGGCUAAACGCAUGAAGACUCGCAAAGGAAGAUCUAGCAAGGUUGAAGUAAAGAAGAGGAAGGUCAGAGAUGAUUCUGAGUCUAAAGAGGAUGUUGAGGAAGAUGUCCCUGACAUCUCGCUUGUGAAGAAAACCACUGUUAGGAAGUCUCCUGUUAAAGUUCCUGCUGUUCAUUUGGAUAACAUCUCUUUCCAUCUUGAGGAUGGAGAUGCCAAGUGGAAAUUUAUGAUUCAAAGAAGGGUGGUUGUGGAAAGGGAGUUGGGAAAAGAUGCUGCUGAUGUCAAGGAGGUCAUGGACCUGAUAAAGGAUGUUGGGUUGUUGAAGACUGUGGCUGGGUUCUCUAAAUGCUAUGAGGGUUUAGUUAAGGAAUUCAUUGUCAACAUUCCUGAGGAUGUUGCUGAUAAGAAUAGCAAGGAGUUCUGUAAGGUAUUUGUGAGGGGUAAGUGUAUAACAUUCUCUCCUACCGUUAUUAAUAAUUUUCUAGGAAGAAAAAUUGAGGGUGCAGGUGAAUUAGAAGUUACAGACAAUGAGGUCUGUAGAGAGAUUAUAGCUAGGCAGGUGAAAGGUUGGCCUGUUAAAAAGCAUCUUCCUGCUGGGAAGUUGACUGUCAAGUAUGCUAUCUUGCACAAAAUAGGAGCUGCUAAUUGGGUCCCUACCAACCAUAUCUCCACCAUUGCUAAUACCCUUGGAAGGUUUAUUUUUGCUGUUGGAACAAAAGUAAAAUUUGACUAUGGUAGAUUUAUGUUUGAACAAAUCAUCAAGCAUGCAUCUACUAAUGUAGUUAAGCUUCCUAUUGCUUUUCCCUCUAUGAUCUGUGGAAUUAUCUUGAAUCAACACCCUAGUAUUAUGUGCUCUAAUGACUUACCUAGUAGAAGAAAACCUGUUAUGUCUCUAGGUGAAGGGACAAGGAUAGCCACAACUAGAAAACAAUCGUUGGAAGCCUUGAUUGCAAGCUUGGAGCAGGCUGAAGGUGAAAAUAUUGAUCAUGCUAAUGUCAGUCAUGAAGAAGAAGCUGCAGCCCACACCUCUAGUGAGAGGUCUGCUAUCCAUGAUGAUACAAGUGGAAAAUCUGAUUCUGGUGCUGAUGAAGCUGCAAGCUCAAGCUCUACUGACUUGCUUAUAGCUGGUUAUGGGGAGGAUUCUCUGUCUGAGUGUUCUGUAUGUGUGAAACAGGUUGCUGCUUGUUGUGGUAUAGCUGAAGGGGGAGAUGGUGUAUUCUGA